GCGCCGGCGCCCGGCUCCUUCUGUGGCUCGCGCUGCUGCGUCCGAAAGACCCGCCAUGAACGCCCCAGGGUUAAGCCUGAAAAAAACGGCUACUUUUGCCAAAAUCCUGAAAGCUGAGCCCCGGUACCUGUUGGCCCAGAAUGUCGCCACCUGCAUAGACCUGCUAGAAGUGUGCCUUGAGCGGGGCGUGGUACAGGACACACUCCAGGUGUUCCAACAUGCGGUACCUACCGAAGGCAAGCCCGUCACCAAUCAGAAGAACUCAGGACGCUGCUGGAUUUUUUCCUGCCUGAACGUGAUGCGCCUUCCGUUCAUGAAGAAGUUCAACGUCGAGGACUUUGAGUUCAGCCAGGCGUACCUCUUCUUCUGGGACAAGGUUGAGCGCUGCUACUACUUCCUGCACGCGUUUGUGGAAACGGCCCAGAAGAAAGAGCCCGUGGAAGGGAGGCUGGUGCAGUUCCUGCUCUCCAACCCCUGCAACGAUGGCGGGCAGUGGGACAUGCUGGUCAACCUCAUCGAAAAGUACGGCGUGGUGCCCAAGAAGCUGUUCCCGGAAUCGCACACCACCGAGGCCUCCAGGCGGAUGAACGACAUUCUGAGCCACAAGAUGCGAGAGUAUUGCCUCCGUCUAAGGAACAUGGUGGAGACUGGGUGCAACAAAGAUGAGCUCCAUGAGGCAGUGGACACCAUGACAGAGGAGGUGUUCCGUGUCGUCGCCAUCUGCUUGGGGACCCCCCCGGACACCUUCUGCUGGGAGUAUUACGACAAGGAGAAGAACUACCACAAGAUUGGGCCCAUCUCGCCGCUGCAGUUUUACCAGGAGCACGUCAAGCCCCUCUUCGACAUGGAAAGCAAGGUCUGCCUGGUGAACGACCCUCGGCCCCAGAACCAGUACAACCGGCUGUACACGGUGGAGUACCUGAACAACAUGGUCGGCGGCCGGAAGACGCUUUACAACAACCAGCCCAUUGAGCUCCUGAAGAAACUGGCCGCGGCGUCCAUCCGGGACGGAGAGGCGGUGUGGUUUGGCUGCGACGUCGGGAAACACUUUAACAGCAAGCUGGGCAUCAACGACAUGAACAUAUUUAAUCACAAGCUGGUGUUCGGGGUGUCCGUCAAGAACUUGAACAAGGACGAGCGGCUCAUCUUUGGCGACUCCCUGAUGACCCACGCCAUGGUCAUUACUGCUUUCACGGAGAAGGAAGAGCAGCAGGGCGUCUUCGAAAAAUGGCGCGUGGAGAACUCGUGGGGUGAAGAUCGCGGCAAUAAAGGUUACCUCAUCAUGACCGAUGACUGGUUCUCCGAGUACGUCUACGAAGUCGUGGUAGACAAGAAGCACGUUCCGGAGGACGUCCUGGCGGUGAUGCAGCAGGAGCCGGUCGUCCUGCCGGCGUGGGACCCCAUGGGGGCUCUGGCCAAGUGAACUGAUGGGGAAAGGGAGGGGGGCCUUGCCCUACCUCCUUCUGGUCAGCCUUGAAGCGGGCGGGGCGGGGCGGGGCGGCCCGGGAGGCCGAGAGCCAAAGCCAAGCGGUGCCGGAGCCCCUGUUCCCAGCUUGAGGUGCCAGUCUCUUCACAGGCGUGGGGUGGGGUGGAUCUUCCGGGUGGGGAAUUGCUCCUCCCUGGAUGGGGCUACUCUGCAACUUUGCGUGGGUGUGUGCUUUCCAUUGUAGUCUGGCUUCUCUUUCUUUUUUUCUUUUUAAAAAAACCCUUUUAAAUCUUUUUAUCAACGCACUCAUUUUUAACUCUUUCAGCAGUAACCCUUUUGCGCAAACUUUGUGUGGGGGGACGGGGGGACCCUGGGCCGGGGGUGAAAUGAACUGCAAGGUCUUUGUCUGGCUGUUUCUAUGCUACAAAUUGAAUUUGGGGCGCUUGCCGGUGGCGUUUUUAAGCGGCUUGGCUCUUCCCUUUACGGAGCCGGGGGAGGGGCGCGGGGGAUAACCUUUGGUGUGACGCUGUCCGUUUCUUCUCCAUCCACCUGCCUCUCCGUUUGCAUCUGAGGAGUGGCCCAGGUGAGCAACGUUUGCCUUGAAACUCUUUGCAGCGGAAUCAAAAGUCCAUGGGAUUUCUUUUCUCCCCUCUUCCUGGAAUGAGGCUCCGCUGAACAACCAAGUUUUAUUUGCACGCCGAGUCUCCAAAUGUCCCCUCCACGAGCAGAAUAGGUUUUUUUUCUAAAAGAACAACAAAAUACAAUACUGCAUUUUAUUUGAAUGCUGUCGACAACGACAUGGUGCUAUGGAGCGUUUGAAUAAUAAUAAAAAGAACAACCUUC